AUGAUUGUGCAGCAGAAUGACGAGGAGACACCUCUUCUGCAACAACCAGAGCACCCAACGGCCAAGACACCUCUUCCAUGGGAUCAAUUUUGGAUUCUACUGCUCUUGGAGAUGCCAGAAAUUCUUUCUUCUCGGACCCUCAACCCGUUUAUUCCUCAACUCAUCAGAGACAUUGGAGUCACUCACGGAGACGAAACCCAGGUUGGACACUACGCCGGCAUCCUUCAAUCAUCAUACUAUGCAGCUCAUACCCUGACUAUUUUUUAUUGGAGUCAACUGUCCGACCACAUCGGACGGAAGCCUGUAAUACUGAUAGCUCUAUCAGCAAUCUCUAUAUCGAUGUUUUCGUUUGGGCUGUCGAAGACCUUCUUCGCUCUGGUGGUCAGUCGUGUUGUCAGCGGAGCAUUUGAUGCGAGCGAUAGUAUGGCCAAGAGCAUGCUGAUGGACAUCACUGACGCAACCAAUAUGCCCAAGGCAUGCAGUUAUGUACCAAUCCCGUGGACGAUCGCAACUACAAUUGGAUCACUCAUCGGAGGAUCAUUCUCCCGACCAGCAGACAGAUUCCCUAACAUUUUUGGGCGAUCAGAACUCCUGAAAACCUACCCAUAUCUCCUGCCGUGCUCUAUUUCGGCAUUGUUUAUCUCGACAAUUUCGCUAGUCACGCAUACCCGUCUUAAAGAGAGCGUUUCUACCAAGACACCACUUUGGGAGCUCAUUAAAGGAGGAUUAUUCGGACAGUCAUACUCAAAGCCCCGCCAGCCAUUGAGCAAUGUUAUAGCUGAUCCUGGCGAAGUAAAAUCAAAGCCGCUUCCGCUGCGUGCUUUACUAACCUCAAAAGUGUUGAGCGUAACAGCGAGUUACGCCACCACAGGCCUGUUUCAAAUGGGAUUCAAUUCGAUCUUACCUGUUUUCUAUGCGACACCGAUUGAACUUGGUGGUCUUUCCUUUGACCCUCCUCGCAUAGGUGCUUUACUUGCGGCAUCAGGUAUCAUACAAGGCAUAUUCCAGCUACUUUUCUACACUCGUUUAAAUGAUCGCUUCGGUGCAAGAGCUGUCCACAUCAUCGGCAUCAGCUCCGGGAUACCCAUGGUCAUUUUAUUUCCAGUGACGAAUGCUCUGGCUCGAGCCUAUCGGAAUAGAGCAGCUGCUCCCAAUCGUGCCUCAGUCGGAGCAACCAACGGAAUUGCCCAGGUGGCUGUCGCAGUAGCAAGAAUCAUCGGCCCGGCGUCUGCAGCUUCGGUCUUCUCUUAUUCAUUGCAGGAAGGGCAUCAUGCAUGGUCGAUAUACUACUUCAUGAUCGCAGCUGUAUUUCUCGCUGUAGGUACUGCUUUAUCACUUCCCCGUGAUCCUAGUGUAUGGGAAGAUUCCCAAUAGCGAUUGACUGCGUGUUAGACUACUAUGUGUACAACAUUCC